AGCGGAUGUUUUCACUUUCUGUUUUGGGGAAGCGCAAGUCUGAAAGCUUAUCAGACAUUUCAGAUUCAUCUUCUACACUCAGUGGAUCAUUUUCAUGGAAAACAAGGAGGAAACUCGCACCUGCGGCCAGUGCCACAAAGAGGUCGCUGAGGCCAACUUCGCUCUGCAUGAGACCCACUGCAGCCGCUUCCUGUGUCUCUGUCCUGACUGUAACGAAGCAGUUCCCAGAGAUCAGCUAAAGGAGCACAGAGAGGAACAGCAUGCAGAGGUGAGAUGCUCCAAGUGUAACAAGAAGAUGGAACGCUGUCAGCUAGAGGAUCAUGAGGCUGAUGAGUGUGUGGAGCGUCUUCAGAAAUGCCAGUUUUGCGACCUAGAGGUGCCGUGUAAGGACCUGGACAAACACUGCCUGGUCUGUGGCAGCCGCACCGAGCUCUGCAGGGACUGUGGCCGUUAUGUCACACUGAAAGACCAGCCCGAGCAUGGCUUGACCUGCUCAGUCACUGACAACAUCACAAGUCCCCCACAAGUGACCAGCAGCACACUCAAUGGGGCAGGAAUGACAGUGAACUGUAGACGAUGUAUGGGAUCAUUUCCAGCUGAUGAUAUAGACGAGCACGAGCUGGAGUGUACUGUAAGACACGUACCGUACUAUGACGUGCCAGAGGAAGAGUCCGAGGAUGAGGACGAUUACUUGACACAGGUGACCAGCACUGACAAGGAAUUAACCUUCUCAGGCAGACCCAGCCAUGAUCCCUGGAUUAAUGGAGGUGACCCUAACCUAAUCAGCACCUGCCCGUACUGCCAUCUGGCCCUUCCCUUCUCCACACUGCAGUGGCACAAGGUGAAGUGCCAACGUAGCAAGCUCUUGAAAUAGACGGAGCUCCUCGGAAUGGAAAGAGCUUUGAUCGACGUGAUCAGAACAUACGGGCUUUUCAAUGCACCUUUGAAGCUGAUCUUUAGAGUUUUUUUCUGAUGUUUAAAUUAAUGUUUACAUUUUUUUCUUUGUUUUUGUGUUUGAAUUAGGGUAGUUCAAAUAUAAUAUUUUGCAUCUAAGUAAAUUUCACACUCCUGCUGCAUACAGUCUAUUACAAGCACGCCUCUCCAUCAUCGUCACAAUUUCCACUGUAAAACAGAUCAGUUGUUGCAAAUAAAUUCCAAUAAGAACUCUUAAAACAAAAAUGUUUUCAUGUCUAAAUCAUGUCAGUGCUAAUAAAUCAGGCGGCGUCUUCUUCAUUUUAGGUGUGCGCAAAACAGAGGAGGAAGAAUGGCCUGAUGGGAUACACGUGGUAGAAGCUGUAGAGAUCUGUCUGUCAGGAGAGUUAAUGUGACUGUGCAUCACUAAUGCACUUAGACAGCUACUGUGUGAUGCAUUCACUGACCUUUCCAUCCUGAUGAAUAUUUACAUUUUUGUUCAGAUCGCAAGCUUGAGGACUUUGGGCUGUGUCUUUGAAGCACUGCCUGAAUACUGAUUGGUGAAAUAUGUUUGUUGAUUAAAAACAAACAGUCCUGUACAAACUCACAUAGACGAUGUGUCCUUAGACGAUAUUCUGCUGUGAGAUGUUUUACUUUUUUAAACAAAGGUUUAGUAUACAGGGUUGCCCAACUAGUGUUGUUUUGGCAAAUGCAGAUCAAACAGCCAACUCCUGGGACUGCCGCCCAGUCACCGGGCACUUGCUGGUGAACCCCUCCCCCAGGCCCCUCACUAAACCCGUCCUGGGUGAGGUAACAUAGUGCCUUGAUCGCUUCUUCAUGGGGUCUUUUCAAUUACUCACUGUGACGUGACCCCUCACACUGGAUUACUUCUAUGCAACUAGACUUAGUAACUAUAUAGUUAUAGUUUCCCAUUAGAAUGAAUUCAUACCUGGAAGCUAAGCAUAUCUUUGUCAUUUAGGGAAACACUACUGACAUAUGUGGAAAUAUGGAUUCAGCCAAUGCACUUCACCUGUCAGUAACUCCCUCUCACCGCAGAUCAAUCUUCUGAGUUUGUGUUCU